AUGCUCGUACAGUGCUUAUUGCAUUUACUAGACGGAAAUAAAGGUGUGCGACAUGAAGUAGUGCAAGUGUGGUGGGAGAGUGAUAGGAAUCUUUCAAGUAGAAUAAAGCAGCCUAGUCCUCCUUUGAUCCUAUAUGAUAUCCUCAAUGUGCCUCAGGCUAACUAUCAGCCUCAAGAUGGCGUAUAUGAAUACUAUGAAGCUUCGACCAAAUCUCCUUACGAAGUGGUCGAGGAUGCAUUCAUGUACUCAGUACGCUCUAAACUCACCGACCCAAGUUCCCUUCCAAAAGCUGAAAAGCAGCUUCUAACCGACACUUUUACCCACGUUGGAUGUGACUUAUUUAAGAGAGGAGGCGGUCAAAAGCUUAUAUGUAUUUUUGGCACCACGCUUGAUCAAGAUACUAGGGAAGAACCGUAUGUAGUGGGAGAACCAGGAUCAAAGUGCACCACAAAGUCGUUGGAACCUCUCAUGCCGCUAUGUAUUUAUACAGAAAAGAAACGAAAAAGCUCUUCAAACAAGUGAAC